AUGAAUCCAUCUUGUUUCACUCUUGUUCUGUUUUGCAUUGCGUUGGUCUUGGCUCUCGCUAUACCUUCCUUGAAAUCCAAGAAACCGAAACGUGAGCUGCCUCCCAGCCCAAGGGGAUGGCCAAUCAUUGGGAACUUGUUCCAAAUGAUCAUGAACCCGCCAGCUCAAAUGUGGAUCCACCGCGUCAUGGAAGACAUGCAAACAGAUAUAGCUUGUUUCCGCUUCGCCGGCGUCCACGUCAUUGCCGUAACCUCAAGUGAGAUUGCCCGAGAAGUGCUUAGGGAAAAAGACGAGGCUUUCGCAGACAGAUCGGACUCAUACUCGUUAAAUCUCUUCACCGAUGGAUAUAAAGAAGUUAUCUUCGCUCCCUAUGGAGAAAGAUCGAAGCUAAUGAAGAAAAUGAUGGCCACCAAACUAAUGUGUUCGACGACGUUGAACAAAACCCUCGGCGAUAGAACCAUAGAAGCGGAUAAUAUCGUCACGUAUGUCUACAAUCUAUGCCAAUUAGGGUCAAUGGCGACACCGAUCAACGUGAGGGAUGUCAUAUUAACUAAUUGCCACGCCGUGAUGAUGAGGUUGAUGUUUGGCCAGAGGCACUUUGAUGAACCGGCGAAGGACGGGGGUCUCGGGCCAAAGGAGAAAGAGCAUAUGGACGCAAUAUACCAAGCUCUUGAUUGUUUUUUCAGCUUUGAGAUAUCGAAUUACGUCCCUUUUCUUAGAGGAUGGAAUAUCGGUGGAGCGGAGGCCGAGAUAAGAGAAGCGGCUGCUAUUAUCAACAGGUGCAACGACUCGGUUAUUCGCGAGAGGAUGCAUUUGUGGAGGAAUAAAGGUGGUAAAGAGACGGAAGAAGAUUGGCUCGAUAUUCUUAUCACGCUUAAGGAUUGCCAUGGAAUGCCUUUGUUCACAUUUGGUGAGAUCAGGGGUCUAUGCAAGGAUAUCAAUGUUGCAACAAUCGAUAAUACGAUGAAUAACGUGGAGUGGACGAUAGCGGAGUUGUUGAAUCAUCCUGAGAUUCUUCAGAAAGCCAUAAAUGAAUUAGACAUGGUAGUUGGUAAAGACAAACUUGUCCAAGAAUCAGACAUACCACAGCUGAAUUACAUCAAAGCUUGUAGCAGAGAAUCUUUCCGGCUUCACCCAGCUAAUGUGUUCAUGCCUCCUCAUGGAGCUAGAGAAGAUACCACUCUUGCUGGUUAUUUCGUCCCCAAAGGCAGCCAAAUUAUUGUGAGCCGUUAUGGACUUGGUCGGAACCCUAAGAUAUGGGAGGAGCCUGAGGUAUUCAAGCCAGAACGACACCUUGAUGCUAGGGACUCAACGGUAGUGAAUCUAUUGGAACCCGACAUGCGAUUCGUGACAUUUAGCGCCGGUCGACGUACCUGCGCAGGGACUAAGAUAGGGACAUCUAUGACAAUCAUGUUAAUAGCCAGGCUUCUCCAGGGGUUCGAAUGGACUCUCCCACCGGGUAAAAGCCAAAUAGAGCUUGUCCCAGCGCAGACCAACUUGUUUAUGGCCAAGCCUCUAGUCGCAUCUGUGAAACCCAGGUUGGCUCCAAGUUUAUAUCCGAAAAUCCAGGUCUGA